AUGUCAAAAGGUCGCGUUCUUCUAGCUUAUUCUGGUGGUUUGGAUACUUCUUGCAUUCUCAUUUGGCUCAUUGAACAAGGAUAUGAUGUCCUUGCUCAUAUGGCCGAUGUUGACCCGGAAGAAGCACCAAACACACCUGAACGUAUUACAUUCAAACAUGAAACGGUAUUGGCCGUUGAAAAUCGAUUUAUUGGCAUCAAUAGUCGAGGUUUUUAUGAAACACCCGGAGGUACCAUUCUUUGA